GCCGCAUGCAACCGCCCUGCACACUAAACCCUCGUCUGCUCCUCUGAUAAGCGCCUCUAUCGCAGCGAUGCAUCCCGUGGCCGUCACUGUGGUUCUGGGGAUACUGGUGGGGGUGCAGGCCCAGAUCCUGCUGCCUGCCCGGCCUCAGUGCGACUCCCCGCUGGUGGAGGAGGCCGCCGUGGCCGCAAGAAAUCACCUCAAUGCCCAACACACGCACGGGUACAAGUAUGAGCUGAACAGGAUCGAGGAUGUGAAGGUCUACACUGAGCCUAAUGGAGUGGAGACAUAUGUUCUGGAGGUCGAUCUGCUGGAGACCGACUGUCACGCGUUGGAUCCCACACCUCUCGCCAACUGCACAGUCCGGCCCAAACACCUCACGGCAGUGGAGGGAGACUGCGACGUGGUGCUGAAGAAGGUCGGCGGAGCUCUGACCGUCACUGCGUUCAAGUGUAAAACAGAGGCGUCGACCGAGGACCUGUGCCUGGGCUGCUACACCCUCCUCCCCCUGAACGACACGGGCGCCCUGAACUUCAUCCACGCUUCUCUGGCGACGUUCAACAACAACACCGUGAACGCGACCUACGACAUUUACCAGAUCGGAAGGAUGUCGUCACAGAUCGUGUCCGGUGGGCCGCAGUAUUUAACGGAAUACGUCAUCUCUGAGGUCAACUGCACCGGCGGUAACUGCGUACCUCUGGACGAAGCCACGGUUAAACGAGGGCUUUGCAGGGCCAGUGGCCGAAGCACUGCUCACAAUGUGGACUGCAAGAUUUUUCCCAACCUGACGCCUCUUGUGGACGCCAACGCCACCGGACCUGCAGUUCCACCCGUGAUCCACGCGCACAACAAGCACGGCUUCGGACACCACAAGCUCACCCCGUUCCACAACCCGCACCUGAGCACCCACCUGUCCGCAGAGUCACCUGAAUCCGAGUCAGCUGAAAUGGUGCAAGCGGCCCCGAAAGCGGCCGCACCCGCCGCUGACGCGGCCGCACCCGCCGUUGACGCGGCCGCACCCGCGGUUGACGCGGCCGCACCCGCCGUUGACGCGGCCCCAGCGGCUCCAGCCGCUGCCGAGCCCGCAGUGGCCUUAGAGACCUCAGACAGCAUGGAGGUCAACCCCAGGUUCAUGUUUAAGAGGGAAGUCGUACUCGCUGCACCGGUGCACGCGCCCCUUCCUCCGCCACCGUGUCCAGGACGCGUCCGGUUCUUCAAGUGAAAAGCUCCCACAGACUUUAUAUUUGCUUUUUUUUAAGUUACAUUGGUACUAGUGCAAAUUUAACCGACACAGACGGUGCAUUACACAGGCAACAGAAACCUGAAACUUCUGUAACGUGGAUGCAGAUGUGCAUUAAAUGGUGUUGAAUAAAUCUAAAUUGAAGCAAA